UUCUCUUUCCUUCCUUCCUUCCUAAUUUCCCAUCAUCUUCCUCUUUCUCUGACGUUGUCCCCUUCUUAGCCACUGCGUCUUCACUCUCUCAGCCAUGGCGUCCAUGGCCAACCUCCGCGUCUACUCGCUUGUUUCUCUGCAAUGCCUGGCAGUGCUCCUGUUCUCAGUCGCGGCGAAGAAGACGUACAUCGUCCACAUGAACCACCACCAGAUGCCCCCUUCCUUCGCCACUCGCCGCGACUGGUACGCGUCCAACCUUCACUCCCUCUCCUCCUCCUCUGACGACGAAGCCGCCACCUCCUCCUCCGACCCCCUCCUCUACACCUACGACGCCGCAUUCCACGGCUUCGCCGCCUCCCUCGACCCGGACGAGGCCGACUCGCUCCGGGCGUCCGCCUCCGUCCUCGGCGUGUACGAGGACACCGUCUACGACCUCCACACCACCCGGACGCCGGAGUUCCUCGGCAUCUCCAACGACCUCGGCCUGUCGGAUCCGCAGGAAGGCCCGAGCGGGAAGCGGCGCGCCUUCGGUGACGUCAUCGUCGGGGUCCUGGACACGGGGGUUUGGCCGGAGUCGAAGAGCUUCGACGAUUCCGGCAUGCCCGAAGUGCCGGCCCGUUGGAAGGGCGUGUGUGAACCGGGCCCGGACUUUAGCCCGAAGUCGUGUAACAAGAAGCUAAUCGGAGCUCGGUUCUUCUCCAGGGGGUAUCACAUGGCUUCUGGUGCGAAUAUCGUGAAGAAGCCUAAGGAAGUGGAGUCGCCGAGAGACCAGGACGGGCACGGGACCCACACGGCGAGCACCGCGGCUGGGUCGCCGGUGUCCAACGCCAGCCUCCUCGGGUACGCCAGCGGGAGGGCGCGCGGGAUGGCCGCGCGCGCACGCGUGGCCGCCUACAAGGUCUGCUGGAGCUCUGGCUGCUUCGGGUCGGACAUCCUCGCGGGGAUGGACCGAGCCAUCCUCGAUGGUGUUGACGUCCUCUCGCUCUCCCUCGGUGGCGGGUCCGCCCCGUAUUACCGCGACACGAUCGCCAUCGGCGCGUUCACUGCCAUGGAGAGGGGAAUUUUUGUCUCUUGCUCGGCUGGAAACAGCGGGCCGGCGAGGGCUUCACUCGCCAAUACAGCACCUUGGAUCAUGACCGUCGGCGCCGGAACAAUUGAUCGUGAUUUUCCGGCAUAUGCCCUGCUAGGCAACGGCAAGCGCUAUGCCGGAGUGUCGCUCUAUUCAGGGCCUAGGAUGGGGCAUAAUCCCGUGGCGGUGAUUUAUAACAGAGGGUCUAAUAGCUCGAGCAACCUGUGCUUGCCUGGGUCGCUCAACCCAGCCCUCACGCGUGGGAAGGUGGUGUUGUGCGACCGGGGGGUGAAUGCCCGAGUUGAGAAAGGCGAGGUGGUGCGGGAAGCGGGCGGGUUGGGGAUGAUACUUGCGAACACGGCUGCGAACGGGGAGGAACUGGUGGCCGACAGCCACCUGAUCCCGGCCGUCGCAGUGGGGAGGAAAAUGGGGGAUGUGAUAAGGGAGUACGUGAAGAGCGACGCUAGUCCGACGGCGGUGCUCAGCUUCAGAGGGACGGUGGUGAACGUCAGGCCGUCGCCAGUGGUGGCAGCAUUCAGCUCCCGGGGGCCCAACGUGGUGACACCGCAGAUACUGAAGCCGGACGUGAUUGGGCCCGGGGUUAACAUAUUAGCCGCUUACUCGGAGGCGGUGGGGCCCACCGGGCUGGAGUCCGAUAAGCGGAAGACCCUGUUCAACAUAAUGUCAGGUACAUCCAUGUCGUGCCCGCACAUAAGCGGAGUCGCGGCGCUGCUCAAAUCCGCCCAUCCGAAUUGGAGCCCGAGCGCGAUCAAGUCGGCUCUCAUGACCUCCGCCUACGUCCUGGACAACACCAGGUCUCCUCUCCGGGACGCCGCCGGGGGCGCGUUCUCCACUCCCUGGGCUCAUGGCUCGGGCCAUGUGGACCCGCAGAAGGCCCUCUCUCCCGGCCUCGUGUACGACCUUGCAGCGGAAGACUACAUCGCCUUUCUCUGCUCCCUAGACUACACCAUCGACCAUGUGAAAGCCAUCGUCAAGCGCCCCAACGUCACCUGCUCCCGUAAAUUCUCCGACCCUGGCGAGCUCAACUACCCGUCGUUCUCGGUGGUGUUCGAGGACAAGAGGGUCGUGAGGUACACUCGCGAGCUGACCAACGUGGGGCCCGCAGGGUCUACAUACGAAGUGUCGGUCACGGGCCCGUCGACGGUUGGGGUGAUGGUGAAGCCGAUGAAGCUCGUCUUCCCGAACGUUGGGGACAGGAGGAGUUACACUGUCACCUUCGUCUCGAAGAAGGGCACGAACCCGAUGACAAGGUCGGAGUUCGGCAGCAUUGUUUGGAGCAAUGCCCAGAACCAAGUUAGGAGUCCGGUGGCCUAUGCUUGGACCAAGUUGGUGAGCUGAGUGCAGUUAGAUGUUUUUCAGGGCUUUCCGGAGCGGCGAUUCGACUUUCCCCUCGACUGGCUCAGUUACGAGCUCUGCUGCUACUAAUGACUGAAAGUAGCUUUUUUCUCAACCGACUAGGGCGGAAUCAAUGCGACGCCAUGCCGUGCCGUGUUGCCAUUGAACUAGCAAAUUCCAUAUGUAGUCUAGGAUUGAAGGGGGGAAGGAAGAGUGAAAUUUGUACUUUGAUGCAACAGAAGCGUGAGACCUGAGGUCUUUGUUUUUUUUAACAAACCUCAAAACAAGGAAACUCUGGGACCGAUAAGGAAGUUUUCCUUUUCCGGAAGCACCUCAUAGUAUUGUGUUUACUUGUGUGCUUAUUUGCUUGGAGGCUAUCGUUAAAUGUUCCAA